AAGUUCUCUGGUUAAAUAAUUAAACUUUCGCUGUGUUUUCGUAACGGUUUGUUUUAGUUCUUUAUCGAGAUUACUAGUUUUGUUGACUGUUGGUAGCAUAGUUGUUGUGCUGUGUUGUUUCGUUUACAUUUUUUUUUUUUUUGCAUAUGAAUUUAGUGGCCAAACUUAAAGCCUUGUAGUUAUUUUAAGCUAUUGUGGAUUUUAGAGCUAUAUUAUCUGAUUUCUACUUUUGGUUCCAAGGUUAUGUUCAAAAGUUUCGUUAUGUUUAUUGUGAUGAAAUCUGAAGUGGGUCAUUACUGAAUCAUCCUGCUGGGAUAUGGUCUUUAUAGUUAGUGCAGAUUGGGGUUUGAGCACCUUCAAUUUAUCCCUAUGAGAUGAUAAGGAUUUUGGGUAGAGAAAAAAUAAAUGUGUUUUCGGGGUUUAUCAGCAAGUCCUACAGCAGCAGAGUUAUUUAAUGGGGGACUUUUACCACCGUGCAAAUGUGACAGCUGCUACUUUCAUGAUUUUCUGCUGUGUGUCUGAAAGACUAUUCUGGCUUUAUUCGCCUCCUGGUAUGUCUAGAAAGGAAAAUGUGUGUAUGACUGCAAAAAUGAAAAAUGAUUAUUUUAAGAUUGGCUCAUUGACCCUUUUUGUAUAGCAGCAAAUACAUGCAUAAAACAUGAAGUCUGGUUUUCUUCCUUGGCCCUUUUUCCAUUUCUUUUCAAAAUCUUGAUAUGCAGAAAUUCCCUUUCUCUGUAAAUUGAAAAUGUAUGAGAGAUAUGCCUUUAUGGAAAAACUAGGAUGAGAUUGCAGUGCAUUCAUGCACAUGACAUCUCCUUCAUGCUGAGAACUGAGAAGCUUGAGCUCUUUCUCUGGGCUGUUUGGUUGGAGUAAAUUCUAAAAAGGACAUGUUUGCAAAGGAAAGAUUUCAGCUGUUACUCAAAAGGGCAAUAUGUUAUUCGUUAGAAUAUUAUUUGGAUGGGUGUACUCGCUAUUUUCCCUUUCAGAGAAACAGGUUACUUUUUUAUUGCAGUGCAAACCCCUGUACUCAAGAAUUUCUUUGGCGCAGGAUUACUUGGAAUGUCUAUGCUCUUCUUGGAUGGGUCCGCUUAUCUACAUUUCUUUUGUAGCAUGUGCCCAAGCAUCACUAAUUGUAUUUUUCCAGAAGAAUUAAUCUGAUCUGCCUUACUCCUGCCAUCAUACUUUCCCUCAGACACCAUUGCUUUUUCAUUCAUCAUGACUUUUGCUCCAUGUUCAAUUUCCGACAUAGAUUCCAUGAUGAUAUCGCACCCACUGGCAGGAUUUGCUUUCGUCUAUAUGGACGACGAACGAGAUGCUGAGUAUGCAAUUCGAAGACUUGACAGGACAGAAUUUGGUAGGAAGGGACGGCGACUUCGUAUUGAGUGGACCAAGCAUGAAAGAGGGAUUAGGAGACCUGAUUCAAGAAGACCUUCUGCUAACAUGAAGCCCGCAAAAACCUUGUUUGUUAUCAACUUUGAUCCAGUCCAUACCAGGACAAAGGAUCUGGAGAGGCACUUUGAUCCCUACGGGAAAAUAACGAACAUAAGGAUUAGAAGGAAUUUUGCUUUCAUUCAAUAUGAAUCACAGGAGGAUGCUACCAAAGCUCUGGAGGCAACAAAUACAAGCAAGUUCAUGGACAGGGUUAUUUCUGUGGAAUAUGCUGCUCGUGAUGAUGAUGAUGAUAAAAGAAAUGGGCACAGUCCUGACAGGAGGGGCCGUGAUAUGUCUCCUGAGAGAAGAAGCAAUGAUCGUGGGCGAUCUCCAAGUCCAUACCGCAGAGAUAGGGGAAGCCCUGAUUAUGGCCAUGGUGCCCGAGUAAGUUCUAGAACUGAAUCAAGAAGAAGCCCUGAUUAUGAGAGAGCUGCAAGCCCAGUCGAUGAUAGAUCCCGUCCAAGUUCUAGACGCGGUCCUAGAAGAAGUCCCGAUUAUGAGAGAUCUGCAAGCCCAGUCAAUGAUAGAUCCCGUCCAAGUUCUAGACCUGAACUACGAAGUCCCAGUGAUGAGGGAGCUAUAAGCCCCGUCAAUGAUGAAUACCACAGCCGUUCACCCCCACCACGGGAAAGAUCUCGUUCCUGAGAACCAGCCAGAUAUGCAACCUCCUUGUAGUGGUUAGCUGGUGUUAUCUUUAAUUUAUAGUUGACAUUCCGAAGUUUGGUUAUUCCCUCUUUAUUAGUAUUCAGAUACAUGAUCAGUUUGAACUUGAACAUGUUUUCAAAGUGGUGAAUUCGAAGUUUAUUUAGUAGCCAAUCAUGGUUUAUCGGGUACAUCUGUAUUCGAUUCCUAAA